AUGGAGCCCUUUUCGUUCGCCACCUCGGACACGCUCGACUUUCCCGUCAGCAUCCGCAUAAUCAAUCUGGAGGGCGCCGAGCCGCCGCUGCGCUAUUCCACGCUGCUGGAUCAUCCCGAGCUCAGGCAUAUUGGCUCCAACCAGAGCACCCACUCCGACCUCUACGUCACCGUUCAAGUCUGGGCCGGCUCUAAGCCCCUCACGGUCCCCGUGCAAACGGCCUACAAGGCAUUCCGCAACGAGCGCCGCUGGAACGAGUGGCUGACCCUGCCCAUCACCUACUCAGCACUCCCCCAAAACGCCCGUCUGGCCAUCACCAUUUGGGACCUCUCCCCCCUGCCCGCCGAGGGCGCCCAGGGCAACGCGGUCCCCUUCGGCGGCACCACCCUGCCCCUGUUCGAUAAAGAUAACCAGCUGCACAAGGGACGACAGAAGUGCCAUGUUUAUAGGCAUCGUAAGGCCGACGGGAACGAUGACACCAAGACUCCGGCAUUCUUGCCUAAAAAGAGGGCCCGUAAGGGGGUGCUGGAAGACAAGGAAGCCGAGGAGCUGGACAGGAUGGAGAAGCUGUUCAAGAAGCAUGAGAUGGGCGAGAUCCCUAGGGUUGACUGGCUCGAUCAGCUUGUGUUCAGGGGGUUCGAGAAGCGCGGGCUGCAGUCAGCAAGGUCCUCACUCAAACUGGCACAGAGAGCACAGCUAGCCCAGGACAGCGGCCCAACUAAGCCACAGGAUCCGAAUGCGCCCCCCGAACCCUCAAACUACAUGCUCAACGUCGAACUCCCCCGCUUCGACUUCCCCGUCGUCUUCGCUGACCACGAGUACCCCCCGCCCCCAAUUUCUUCCCUCCAACCCCUCUCCUCCUCCCAAUCCAACGUCAUCCUAAAACCGCCCCCCGAAGUGCAUUUCGGGCCCGGCAUCAGCCCCGAACAAGAAGAAGAUGAAGACUCCUCCGAAGAAGGCUACACCGGCCGCCUCAUCCGGGUCUACGACCCCGAAGUCGCCGCGCGUGACAACCCCGCCGAAAGCAAGCACCGCCGCCUGGUGCGCAGCCAACACCGCAAUGGGAUGCUCGACAAGGACCUGAAACCGAACGCUAAAGUCCGCGACGAGCUGAACACCAUCAUGGCGUACUCCCCCACACACGUGUUGACGCCGGAGGAGAAGGAUCUCGUCUGGAAGUUUAGACAUCACUUGACAAGGAACAAAAAAGCGCUUACCAAGUUUGCCAAGUCGGUCAAUUGGCAGGACGCGAGCGAGGCGAGGCAGGCGGUACAGCUUCUGGGGAAGUGGACGGAUAUCGAUGUGGAUGAUGCGCUGGAGUUGCUGGGGCCGACGUUUGAUAACCCUGCUUUGAGGGCAUUUGCGGUGGAGAGGCUGAGGAAGGCGGAUGAUGAGGAGCUACUGCUGUAUUUGUUGCAGCUGGUGCAGGCGCUGAAAUACGAGCAUAUAUUGCCCAAGGGGAGGGAGGGGCAAGGACAACAAGGUCAGGGUCAAGAAGGGACGGCGGCAACAGCGAGCUCAGGAGCUCAUGAUUCUUCGUUGGCAAGGUUCCUCAUCUCCCGCGCGGUCGGCAGCUUCACGCUGGGCAACUACUUUUGGUGGUAUGUGAUGGUGGAGUGUGACGACAAGUCGGCGGACCAGGGACCAGACAACCAGGCUAUAUACGGCAAGAUUGCGUACGACUUUAUGGCCGAGCUGGUCAGACAGCCCGGCGGCGAGGAGGUGCGCAAGACGCUCAAGAGACAGGCUGAGUGGAUCGCAAUCUUGUCGCGCAUUUCCGGGGAAAUCAAGGAGUCCAAUGAGAGCAUUGCCAAACGCACGGAGAGGGUGAAGGCGUUCCUGGCUGAUCCGAGGAAUGAAUUGGUAAAUAUUGAUCCGCCCCUGCCGCUGCCCCUAGAUCCGUCGGUGCAGAUUGUGGGCGUCGUGCCGGAGGAGACGCACGUUUUUAAGUCCUCGUUGCACCCCAUCAAGGUGACCUUCCGGACGACGACGGGGAAGACGUAUCCCAUCCUCUUCAAAACGGGCGAUGAUUUGCGUCAGGACCAGCUCGUCAUCCAGAUCAUCGCCCUGAUGGACUCCCUCCUGAAAAAGGAAAACCUUGACCUCAAGCUCCUCCCCUACAAAAUCCUCGCCACCAGCACUUCCGCCGGUCUAACACAAUUCGUCCACUCCAUGACCCUGCAAGCCAUCUCCUCCAAAUACCGCGCCAACCCUGCGCUGGCCUACCUCAAGCAAAACAACCCCGACCCCCACGGCCCGCUCGGUCUCCGUCGCGAGGCCCUCGACACCUUCGUCCGCUCGUGUGCAGGCUACUGCGUCAUCACUUACAUCCUCGGCGUCGGCGACCGGCAUCUAGAUAAUCUAUUGCUAGCUCCCGACGGACACUUCUUCCACGCCGACUUCGGCUACAUCCUCGGGCGCGAUCCCAAACCCUUCGCCCCGGCAAUGAAGCUCUGCAAGGAGAUGGUCGACGCCAUGGGCGGCAGCUCAUCCGAGCACUACAAAAAAUUCAAAGAGUACUGCUUCCUGGCGUACAGCGCGCUGAGGAAGAAUAGUAACUUGAUAUUGAACUUGUUCAGUCUGAUGGCGAACGCGAAUAUACCCGAUAUCAAAUUGGAGCCGGACAAGGCGGCGCUCAAGGUAAAGGAGAGGUUUCAUUUGGAGAUGAGCGAGGAGGAUUCGAUACGGCAUUUGGAGCGGAUUAUGGACGACAAUCUGAAUGCGUUGGUGCCGGUCGUGAUUGAUAAGCUGCAUGAGUUGGUGCAGGCGUUUAGGGCGUAG